UCUAUAAUCCACUUGGCAGACGUACGAACUCGUUUUCAGCGUGUUUGCGUAGUCGGACGUUCCUGGACAUGCUGCCGAGAUAAUAUUCUUGAUUUUUCUCUAUCAAAACAAAGUAUCUCAGCUGUUAUUUCGAAAUUCGUAUCAAGUGAGUUCAGUUACUUGGUAUUUUUCAUCAAAUGGAGUCUGAAUCUAGCGUCAAACACGCCACAAUUUGUGCUUCUCUGAUUAUUUAGGCCAGCAGCACUAUUUCCACCCAUGUGUUUAGAACAGCCUAGUGUCAAAGUCGUACUUCUUGUAAUUCGUGGAUUUUCAUCCUUGCCUUCAGCUUCGUGACCACCGUUCGAUCGAACCUAAGAAAAUCCUUGCUCGCCGUAUUCAGUUUUAAGUCUUCCCAGUGCGUGCUACAACUUCAUAUAAUCAAUAUCAGAUAACCAUGACUAAAAAACGGAUAGAUUCAUCAGAAUCAACGGAAUCUUCGGAAGAAGAGUCACAGUCAGCAAGCAAAGGAUGCGCCCAUGUUAGCAAAGGCAUUGUGAUUAACCUACUGCGGAAGCAGUUCCAGGGAGCCAACUUCAAAAUUAAUUCGCCAAGGAAUCCUAAUAGAGCAUUAGAAAGGAGGUCACCUGCUGCCCAAGCACAGAAUGACAUCCAUAGCUGCAAAGAGUGCAAGACAAGCAGUGUAGCAGUAGUGGAGGACGAAGAACUGUGGAUUUGUCUAAGAUGUGGUUCAUUGGCCUGUGGCUCUCCUUCGAACAACGACUCGCACAUUACCAAGCACUUCACUAACCCUCGUUCUGAUCCUCACACCGUUGCUGUUAAUGUUGAAAAGUGGACGGUUUGGUGUUGCAAAUGCAAGGAGGAGAUCGACUCAAACUGCACCAAAAGUCUACAGCAAGCUACUGAUUUUCUGAGAAAGCAUUUCCGGCCCACGAUUCCUGGAAAUUCUUCAGGCGACGUGGAAUCAGAGUCGUGUGAUACUUCAGAGCCAAAAUUAAAUGGUACUUCUGGACUAACCAAUGGAGUUUUGGAAGACAAGCCGUCGGGGCAGCAGAACCUGGUCACCAAGGUUCAAAUUCCCUCCACUCAAUUUCCCAAAGUCAAGGGUCUUGUUAACCUUGGGAACACUUGCUUUUUCAACUCUGUGGUCCAAUGUUUGGCGCAGACACCGGGUUUACGAAAUUUGCUCGAAGACUCGCAAGAAGGGGAGAAGUUCAGUUUGCCAGGAUUCCCAAGCGACAAGGAUUUUCCAGCAUUGCCACCUCUAGAAGGUACUCUGGAGCCUCCUGGUUUUGUUACUAAAGAGUUGGCCAGGACGAUUGAACAACUCCAAGAGCCAAACCAUGUGCAGACUGUGAACCCAAAGUCAUUAUUGAAUGCCUUAAACCAACGAGCACCCCAUCUAGCCGGCACCGGUGACCAAGAAGACUCUCACGAAUUACUUCGGACUCUGAUGGAAAGCGUUCGUUCUGAGGAGCUGAGGAGGUAUCAAGGCAAAAUUUUGGAUGCUAUCGGAGUGUCCAGAAAGGAGGAUCCGGCAAGUGUAGAAGAAGAGAAAAAGUACAUGGGCAAAAUUUACAGUAACUUGGCCAGCAAAAGGUAUCUGCGGCCUGACCACCUGUUCCAAGGCCAACUGAUUUCCAUCCUGCAGUGCCAAGAGUGUAACACCACUUCGUGCGUUCCUGAAACCUUCCUAGACAUCAGUUUGCCUGUUGUGAGUCAAAGACAGGCGCCUCCUUUGGCCCGGAAUCUGAGCAAGAAUGCCGCAGAUAGUUCCGACGCUCCCAGCAAGCAUCAGCAAAAGAAGGCGCGGAAAGCUAGCAGGAAAGGGAACAAAAAGAAGGCAAAGGGUUCUGCAAAGUCAAAUACUGAUUUAGAGGUUGGAGAUGCUGACGUUGAAGAUAAUGAGAGUCAGGGCAAGUCUGUCGAGACAGAUUCGAUGAGCAAUUUGGACGGUCAGAAGGACGAUUCAGACGACGGUUUGAAUGGCAACGACGAGGACGAGUCUGGAGACGAGAAGGAAGACGAUGGAAAGGAAAACGCAGAUAGUGAGGAAAAGUUGGUCAAUGGCGUGAAUGGCGAUUUGUCAUCAAAGGAUGAUAAAAUAUUGGAAGACGUUGAACAACUUUCUAUAUCAGAAAACAAAAAUGAUGCAGAAGAGCAAGGGGACGAGGAAAAAGAUGAAAAAUGUGAAAGCCCAGUGGAGGAUAAUGCUUUUCGGGAAGAUGAAAACUUCAAGUGGAGCACAACCAUUGUGCCCAGGAUAACAGUGUGCGAUCCGUCUGGAGAGACUUCUCUGACCACUUGUCUCAACCAGUUUGUUGCCAUUGAACUUCUCACUGGAAAUAACAAAGUCGGCUGUGAAACUUGUACCAAAAGGGCGGGAAAGUCUGCAGACGGUAAAAUGGUGUGCACCAAUUUUACAAAACAGCUCCUGAUGAGUGCUCCUCCCGCCAUCCUUACGUUGCAUUUGAAGCGCUUUGAGGUGUGCGGGUCCAGGUUUAGGAAAGUUUCCAAAGCUGUCAGUUUUCCUUUGAUCUUGGACUUGGCCUCAAUCUGUUCAGUCAAGUGUCUGGAACUCCCUACAGUGAGAAAGAAACAGACAAAGCUGCUCUACUCUCUGUAUGGAGUUGUAGUGCACCAUGGAAUGCUGAGUGGAGGCCACUAUGUUGCUUAUGUCAAGUCCCAAAAACCACCUACUCUUGAUGAUUUCCGUCAACGAUUUAUGUUGUCAAAUGAGCCUACUGCGAGUUUAAAUGACGAAGAUUUCUCUGAAGAUGUGAUCCCUGAACCCCCACCUGGAAAGUGGUACUACGCAAGUGAUUCUUUCGUUAAUGAAGUGGCAGAGAAGAAAGUUCUUGAGCAACAAGCGUACCUGUUGUUUUACGAAAGAAUUUACUAAUUAUGUCUCUUUCUUACUCUGAACCUGCCAAUUACUCUUGUCAAGGGGUUUUAAUGUUGGACAGUUUGUUAAUUAAUGAAAUACCUAUGCAUUAAAAGUUUCAAAUCAGUCAUUACUUAAAUAUGAUGUUUGCUUU